AUUCUCAACUUGACCUAUAGACAUGGCAACCAAAGGAGGAACUGUGAAAGCUGCUUCAGGGUUCAAUGCAAUUGAAGAUGCCCAGGCCCUGAGGAAGGCCAUGAAAGGACUUGGUACUGAUGAAGAUGCCAUUAUCGGAGUCCUGGCCUACCGCAACACUGCCCAACGUCAGGAAAUCAGGACUGCCUACAAGAGCAACAUCGGCAGGGAUCUGAUUGAUGACUUGAAGUCAGAGCUGAGCAGCAACUUUGAGCAGGUGAUUGUGGGGAUGAUGAUGCCUACCGUGUUGUACGAUGUGCAGGAGCUGCGCAGGGCUAUGAAGGGAGCUGGCACAGAUGAGGGCUGUCUGAUAGAGAUCCUGGCUUCCCGCACUUCUGAGGAGAUCUGGCACAUCAACCAGAUGUACCAGCAACAAUAUGGAAGGAGUCUUGAAGAGGACAUCUGCUCUGACACAUCCUUCAUGUUUCAGCGAGUACUGGUGUCCCUGACAGCAGGUGGCAGGGAUGAAGGGAAUUACCUGGAUGAUGCACUUGUGAAGCAGGAUGCCCAGGACCUGUAUGAGGCUGGAGAAAAGAGAUGGGGGACAGAUGAGGUGAAAUUCCUAAGCAUCCUCUGUUCCCGGAAUCGGAACCAUCUGCUGCAUGUGUUUGAUGAAUAUAAGAGGAUCUCACAGAAGGACAUUGAGCAGAGUAUUAAAUCUGAAACAUCUGGUAGCUUUGAAGAUGCCCUGCUGGCUAUAGUGAAGUGCAUGAGGAACAAGCCUGCAUAUUUUGCUGAAAGGCUUUAUAAGUCCAUGAAGGGCCUGGGCACUGAUGACAACACCCUCAUCAGAGUGAUGGUGUCCCGAGCAGAAAUUGACAUGCUGGACAUACGGGCAAACUUCAAGAGGCUCUAUGGAAAGUCUUUGUACUCUUUCAUCAAGGGUGACACUUCUGGAGACUACAGGAAGGUUCUGCUUAUUCUUUGUGGAGGAGAUGAUUAAAACAAGAUGCAGGACAGAAGGCUUCUUAACGAUGGCUUUUUUUUUUUUUUAACUUCAUUUUUCUGCACUGCUAUUAACAUGAUCUCAAAUGCUUAUUUCCAAUUAAAACGCCUCCAGUUGCCUCCUUUGA